UUGCACAGAAACAAUCUGCUCCGAGCUAUGCUCUAACAUACUCCAAGCAUGGCCGCUAAGUUGUCGCUACUUAGUUACGAAGCGAUCAGCUGGACCACGAUUGCGAUUAUCGUCACUUACGCACUCUUCAGGCUGGUCAGGUCCCGCCAAAAAACAUUCAGCUACUUCAAUGAGAUAGGAAUUCCGGGUCCGGAGCCAAGCCUUUUAUGGGGAAAUCUUGCCGAAUACCACAAGAAGAGCUUCGUGCACGCCCUUACAGACUGGUGCGCCAAAUAUGGGGACGUAUUCGGGUUUUACAAUGGUGAUUUGCCAAUGUUGGUUGUCAAGGACUUGGACUUUGUAACCUACAUUUUCGUAGAAAACUUCCAGAACUUCACCGAUAGAGGUAUUGUCAUGCGAGCGGAACAAGAGCAUGCCUCCCUAGGCAAAAGCGUCACACAUUCCAAAGGAGCCAAUUGGAGAAGGAUGAGGGGCUGCAUCUCACAAGCGUUCACUUCUAACAAGCUGAAGCACAUGAUGCAGGAACUCAAAGAGCCGGCCAACUUGUUUUUAGAACUUAUGGGCAAUAUGGCAGACACUGGACGCGAGUGUGCGAUUUUCGAACGAUUACAAGGACUUGCCAUGGACUACACCGCCCGAGCAGCUUUCGGAUUCGACUGCUGCUUUCAGCGGGACCUCUCGCACCCAUUCAUGAUCACCACACGCAAAGUACUGCAUGGCGUCAUGACUGGACCAUUCCACGUGUUUGCCCAUUCCACAACUACAUUGGUCAAUUUAGUGGCUCCGAUACUAUGGCUGAAAGAAAAGCUCGGCUCCUCCAGUUCUGGUGUCUUCAACAAGGAAACCACUAAGGUUGUUGAACUGAGGCUCCGAAACCCGGAGGCAAGAAAACCAGACCUGCUGCAGAUCAUGCUAGACGCAAGCAUACAAAAGAAGCACUCAAGUGAUGCUGGUGAGAAGACCAAAGGGAGUAUGACACGUCUGGAGGUUGAAGUGAACACGACUAUGACGUUGCUUGCCGGCUUUGAGACAACGUCUACGGCAUUGACUUACGUGUCCUAUGUUUUGGCCAAGUACCAAGAUAUCCAGGAAAAGGUCAGAGCUGAAGUUGCCUCAGCAGUUGAAGAAUACGGAGAGCUGAAUUACGAUUCCGUCAUGCUCCGGAUGAAGUACUUAAGAAGGGUUGUGGACGAAACAUUGAGGAUCUAUCCACCAGGCACUGUGUUUACCACGAGGCGUGCUUUGAACGACUUCGACUACAAUGGCAUUAAGUUCAAAGCUGGCACGUCAUUCAUGGCUCCGACGCUUCAAAUACAUAUGGACCUUCGCUACUGGCCUGAACCACACAGGUUUGACCCGGACAGGUUCCUUCCUGAAAACGCCUCAUCCAGGCCAUCCGUCGCCUACCAACCUUUUGGCGUUGGACCGAGAAACUGCUUCGGCGAGCGCCUCGCAAUCUUAGAAAUCAUGUACACGAUGGCAAGAAUGGUUGAGAAGUACAGGUUGACCCUCGGAGAGUCCCAGAAGAAUGACCUCGAGCUAUGUUUUCGUGCGACGGUAUCUGCACCAAGAGAGGGUCCGUACAUCAAGUUCCAAAGGAUCUGAUGAUUACGGUCCUUUAAAACAAUGAAGGUCCACUACCUUCCUGUUGUUCAUCGCACCUACGCUUACAAGAAUAAAUGCCCACAAAAUGGCACCACGGGGUC